AUGGCGCUGUGCAAGCCCGUUGCCCGCGAGAACGAGCUCGCUCCGGACCCCGCGGCUGGCCUGGGGGAUUGUUCCAACAUCGCUGGGCUGGUGGCACGGCUACGGUCUGGGCUGCAACAUCAGUUUCCAAAUCCCAAGGCGGUUGCUGCCAAUCACCCGCUGGACCAGGAAGCGCCUUUGAAUGGCAGUGAACCCAAUUUUCAGCCCCAGACGGGGGACUUUCAUGCAGGGACGUCUCCCGACCGAGAGAAGAAGAACCCCUCCCCCUCCCCCCGGGGGAUGAGGUCCAUAUAUUCAAAUAAAUGA